GCUUGAGAUCGAGGGAGGAAGUGGAGCUCACAGACUCGGUUUACAAUUACACCAGUUGAAACAAAACCAGGGAGGAGAAAUUGACAGAGAGUUCGGGGAUUGACAAUGCUAUAGACUGGACAUUUACAGCGGCAUCAAAUCUAUUGAUCCACUGUGUGCUUUAUAAGCACAAGAAAUCAGUGCCUGUGUGUUUUAAGCGUCUCUUGAUUAUAACAAGAACAAUUUAAUUCGUUCCGAGAAGCUCCAACACACGCAGAAAUACAUCGAAGCCAAGGAGUUACUCUGUAACCUUGCGGAGUUUUCGGCUGAAAGGGACAUUGUAUCCAAUCAACCGGGUCGUGUCUUCAAUGUGAGACAAAGACUCGCCUCAGACUCUCUCUGCUGUUACAACCUAUUGUUAAAUUACUCACAAGUCUCCCCUCUCCCUUACUACCCCACAGAAUUUCUUAAAGGAGACUUGGAUUUGUGGCUGACACACAAACUGUGACUGUGAAUCAAUCCGAGGAUGCCCAGGUUCUGAGGUAGUUGUGGAAGAGGGGCAGGCAAGAACCCAGCCCUGAAAUACCAAGACCAGUGAGCAUCACCAGCUCUCCACUUGGUGCCAGUUCUGGUUUGCCCUUGAAUGGUAUUUCAAACACUGGCCGCUUGGCUGUGGGAGGGCUAUGAAGAAGAUGAGGAGCUGUCCAAGGAGAAAACUGAAACAAGCGAAGUUACAAGAGCUGGGGUGCUCUGUACAGGAGCCCUGUGACCUGAUGGGUUGCUGAGGUCCGUUCCAGCAGCAUCUGAAGGAGCAUGGUCAAACAUCAACCACUUCAGUACUACGAACCACAGCUGUGCCUGUCCUGCCUCACGGGGAUCUAUGGCUGCAGAUGGAAAAGGUACCAGAGGUCUCACGACAGUACGACCAAGUGGGAGCGGCUAUGGUUCCUUAUCCUCUGCACCACCUUCUUCAUGACUCUGGUCUGGUUCUACUUCUGGUGGGAAGUACACAACGAUUAUAAUGAGUUCAACUGGUACAUGUACAAUAAGAAGGGUUACUGGAAUGAUUGGUCAGUCCCAGUGCUGGUCCUAGCAUCGACUGGAUUCAUAUAUGUGACGUUUUUACUGAUUUUAGCAUUAUGCCACAUCGCGGUGGGGCAACAGAUGAACUUGCAUUGGCUGCACAAGGUUGGGUUAACUGUGGUUCUGGUAGCUAUUCUGGUUGCUGUGAUCUCAGUUAAUCAGUUGUGGAAUGAAGAAUGGGAUAUCAUUUUCAUAUCGUUCCAAGCUACAGCACCUUUCCUGCACAUUGGGGCUGUUGCUGCUGCUACAAUAUUGGCCUGGCUCAUUGCUGGGCAGUUUGCCCGAUCAGAGAAAGUUGUUUUUCAGAUAUUUCUACUCUUUGCAUAUCUUGGAUUCUUGGUAGCACUUUACCUGGUCCCUCUGAUCAUCUACUCUCCCUGCAUCAUGAAGAGGGAGGAUUUGAGCCGAAGGCCAACGAUCAUUGGAAACAGGGGUGUGCCGAUGCUGGCUCCGGAGAACACCCUGAUGUCAUUCCAGAAAGCAGCCGAGUGGCGAGCUGAUGGUUUCAACAUCAACGUGACCAUCAGCUAUGACGGUGUUCCAUUCCUGAUACAUGACACAACACUGAGGCGGACAACCAAUGUAGAGGAGCUGUACCCCAACAGGGUCUUUGACAAUGCCGCCAUGUUCAACUGGACCAACCUGCAGAUGCUGAAUGCUGGCCUCUGGUUCUUUCAGGAGGACCCAUUCUGGACAGCACAAGCUCUCUCACAGAAAGACAAUGCGGAGGCUUUGAACCAGUCACUGUGUAGACUGGCAGAUGUGCUCAGCCUGGCGGUGCACUGGAACAAAAGUGUGAUGGUGAACCUCAGGAGACCACCCCCUGAACAUCCCUUCUACACUUCCUGGAUCAACGUCACCCUGGAAACCAUCCUGGAGUCCGGAAUUGCCCAGGACCUGGUGAUCUGGCUCCCGGAGGAAGACCGAUGGAUGGUUCGCCAAGUGGCGCCAGGUUUCCAGCAGAUGUCCUCUGUGAAACAAAAUGCGACAGCGCUACACGAGCAGGGCAUCAUGGGGUUAAACCUGCGAUACAAUAAGGUCAAUGCGGAGGAGGUGCGUGAGUAUGCUUCAGAAAACAUCAGCACCAACCUGUACCUGGUGAAUGAGCCAUGGCUGUUCUCGGUGCUGUGGUGUGCUGGGGUGCGGUCGGUUACAUCUGAUGCUUGCCAAGUCCUCAGUGAGGUGCGGGCUCCCACCUGGAUAAUGUCGCCUGGUGAAUACUAUAUGAUUUGGAUAACCUCCGACGUCAUUUCGAUCACCAUCGUGGUGGGCAUUUUCAUCCUGCAGAACUAUCACUUGAUCAGAUGGCGACUGGGUACCUUGAGGACCUAUAACCCCGAGCAGAUUAUGCUGAGCGCAGCAGUCCGCAGAUCGAGCAAGGAUGUAAACAUAAUGAAAGAAAAACUCAUUUUUGCAGAGAUCAACAAUGGCGUGUCCAACUCUGAUAACGGCUCGCUGUGCUCUGAGAGCGGGUUUGAAGGCUUUGCAGAUGAUGUCAGCCCCCUGGGCCGUAACAGGACCAAGACGCGGAUCGACUGAGAGGCGUCGGUGGGCUGUGACUCCUCAUCACUACCAUCACCCAACUACUACUUCCACCCCGACACACACCACCCUUGACUUUGAGACGUCUGGUUUCGGCAACAGCCCCAUGCUCACCGUCGCACCCCCCCCCCCCCCCCUUCCCCCGACCCGACCCGACCCAACUCUGCCUCCCUCCACUCCCCACCCCCCGACGUCCCCCUUUGUUUGAGACAUGGAGAACGUGGACUGGGGUACCACUCUGAACUGAGCCGUCAUCGUGGCAAUACUGAACUGUGUUUUGACGGGGGGGCUGCGGGCGGGGGGCUUGGUGGGAGAGGGACAAGGCACGAAGGAGGGGCUGCUUAAGGGUAUGGGGGGGCGGGGCCUCAGAAUAGUGCUGUGCACGUGAAAGAAGAGGGUUUUAAAAAAAACAAAGCCCCCCCUCCCUGCCCCUCCAAGAAUAUUCUCUGGCAACCAGCCUCUCUGCAUCUGUUCCAGAUUGAGUCAAGCAUGAAGUAUGGCAGGUCCUUGGAAAUGAAGUGGACUACGAUUGUAGGGACCUCUACUGCCUGCUGUUUGCCAGUUGAAUAGAUCCUUGCUUCCUGUGGCGAGAUUGUGGAAUUUGGUUCUUUCCUUGUUUUCCCAUCCAUUUCAAGUUGGCUGGUUGUAAUGUUCAGUUUACAUAUUUUUGUGGGUCUGUAAAAUUACAUUUAAAUAUAUAUUAUAUAUAUGUAUAUGGAAAAAAACACCUGUUCUACUUGCUGGCAAAAUGUUCAGAGGUGCACGCAGAGUUUCGUUGAGUUCAUAUCUGUGCAUAAUGGGUGAUUUUUUUUAUUAUUUGUGUGAUGUGAGAAAUUCUAGGUAGGCAAAAUUAUUUUCUAGGUACUGUUAAUGGUCAGCCUCAUAUCUGUGGAGUCCCACAGACCAGGUAAGGAUGAGAGACUUCCCUCCGUGAAUGUACAGAUACAGCAGUCAAUGGGAGGUAAGUGGUUUGCACCAGGUUUUUUCUUGAGUUUAAAUUUUGCCAUCCACCAUGAUGUGAUUCAAAGUCGCAUUCCCAGAUCAUUCGCCUGAGGUCCCAGAUUUCUGGCCAGUGGUGUUACCAGUUCGUUACCAUCUUGCCCCUUAAGAUCGACCAACAGCAAGUUUCUUGCUGAGCUUGGGAUUGUCAGCUGUGGUUCUUCAUGUACUCCUGGAGAUCCCGUGAUAUGACCUUGACCUGCAACUCGCUCGUCUUUGUCGUCUCACGUUUU